CUGGUCUUUUGAUUUUUUUUUCAGUGUUUUGGUUUUUUGCGUUGUACAUAAUUUAGAAGAAUGGCUGCUAUGGUUGUGGACGAGGCAGUGAGACAGGACUUGAUUGCUAUGGUGAAACUGCAGAAGGGCGGAGCUCCAAUCGUCGGCCUUCAGAAAGUGUACUAUGAUCUAAAAGGAGAACAUCUCAAGUGUUCCGAGCUUGGAUUCAACAAUAUCCUCGAAUUAGUUGGAGCCAUUGCGGAAUUGAGGAUAGAAGACGGUGUCGUGCAUGCUGUGUCUAAUGCUGACACUCAUCACCUUGAAGUGCUCGUUCAAAACACGAAUUUGAAAAAGAAGAAGAAGAGGAGGAGGGGGCCUGAAGGAGAAAAUGGGGAUUUUCAGCGGAAAUCUGGAGUUCACGGACGUGAGAAACCCGGCUGUGUUGGACCUGGACCUCGUUCUCUGUGCAAUCGCGGGUUUUCUGGAUCGGAUAAUGCGAAGAAUCGUUUGAAUUCCGGGGUCGGCUCGAAAGCUGGUUCCGGAGGAAUUAAUGGUGUGGAUUCCGUGAAACGUGCUUUGCCUCUUAUGGAUCUGAAGUUACCAUUGGAAAGACGAACUGAAAGGGCUAUAAAAUGUGCCAUAUUUGAGAAUCGGAAGUAUAAGCACCUACUUUCUGCAAAUGUGAAAGCCGUGAGACGUAUUGGCAUCCAGUGUGACUUGAACUCAGAUUUCGCGUUGCCCGGAGAUUGGCACAUAGACCCAAAGAAACAUCUGUCGCAUUUCAAGGGACUUUCAGAAGAAGAGCUUGAAAAGGCGGAAGAAGAUCUCAGAGUCCGGUUAAUUGAGACUCGAAAGAUGGCCGACGAUCUGAGUUCGAAGUUGCUCUUGGUUCGCUUGUUGAAG